AUGUCGCUUAGUCAAUACUCGCUUGAAGGGCACCAAUUUGCGGUUUUUGCAAUUUCUUUAACAAGCGAUUUGCGUUAUGUAGUUUCCGUUUCGAAUCGCUUCAUAACUUGGGAUUUGUCAACGAGCGAUUUAACGCGGGAAGUUAACCCCAACAUCGAGGGGAUAAUGCAACAAUUGAUUUUGAGCCCCGAUAAUAAAUGGGCGGCCGCUUUCACCAACAACAACCAAACCGUUUUAUUAAACAUGCUUUCGAGCGAAUUCACCUUAAUCGAUAACCCGUUGAAAGAAAACGAACCGGUUCGAUUCGUUUAUUUACUCAAUCAAAAUUUAUUUAUCUGCGGCGAUUCGAUGUGGGCUAAAUUCGAUAUGAGGGGGAAUUUGGAGGAGAUUUACCACAACUAUAACGAUCCCAAAGUUUGGCCCAUUUUAAGGGUUGAAUACAUCAACCAAAAAGAGUACAACGUUGUUUUUUGGAGUGGCGACAUCGACGAAGAUCAAAUGUUGAUGGUUUACCACCUAAACCAUAAAUACGAAGAAUUACAAUUUCAUGGCUCAAUGGUGUUUGCGGAACACCACAAAAAACUUUAUGCGUGUACCACUCAAGAUUGCCACAUCGUUUCGGAAUACAAAAGAAACGAUGAAAACGAAGUUUGGGAGAAAAUUCGCGAUUUGCCAAGAGCUAAAAACGACGAAACUGAGGUGGUUAUGCAGUUAAAGUUGGAUCAAAAAGAUUCGAUUUUAUACGGAACAACAAGUAAUGGGUUUGUUAUUUGGUUGCUUAAAUGCAAAAGUAAUAGUGAUAAUAAGAAUGAAAAUGAUGAGGAUGAAAUUGAAGUGAUUACUUUAACUUUACCUUAUGGGAUAAGGAAUAUUUCCACGAAAAUGUUGCAAUCAAAUUCGAUUAUGUUGAGCGCUCAAAGAAAUUAUGCCAUCGCUGGAGUCAGAAAGAAUUUAUACGUUUUCAACGUCACAACCUGCAAAUUAAUGAAAGUAUUGGACGCUCAUUUCGGCCGAAUAAUCCAAUUGGAACCUUUAAUCGUCGGAAAUUGGAACAGCAUCGUCACCUCAUCAAUCGACCGAACAGUCAAAGUGUGGAACAUCAACAACAUCUUCGAACAAGUCCACGUAAUCGACAGACACGAAUUGCAAAUCGACUCAAUCAGUCUAUCUCAAGAUUUGGGAUUAGCCGUAACCGCGACAAGAAAUUGCGUCGGAGUUUGGAAUCUAAAAACGGGAAAAUUAAUCUCAAAGUUCGCAGAUAGCCCUUUAGGCGCGAUUGUGACUCACGCUUUAAUCACGCCCGAUUCGAAAUACAUUAUUUCGGCGGAAUCCGGAAACAUUUUAUUUUGGCACCGGUUAACGGAAAGGGUUAUUUUUAAAGAUGAACAAAUUGGAAUUCGCCAAUUGAAAUUGAUGGAAGAUGGGAAUAAGGUUUUAUCGAUUUCAAAACCUUCAAAUCCGAGUGGAGUCGAUUUUGUUAGGACGACAGCAACAGCUUGUGUUCGAACAAUACCAGAUGGCGAAUUAGAGUACAGUUUUGAGUACCCUUACCGAAGCAUAACCGGAGUUCCCUUUAAACCAGCUGUAAUAACCUCAGAUAACGAGCAUAUUGUUGUUAUAGCUGCUGAUAAAACAAAUCGAGAUUGCGUUAUGGUUUUUAACGCUUUGAGUGGGACUCAAAUGAAUAAAAUCCCAUUAAAAAGUUGUGCUAUUAAAGAUGUUUCUUCUCUAGUUGCUUUACCUCAUAAAGGGCACUUAAUAGCAGUCACAACUUCUGAUAAAGGAGCUAUAUUAGAUAUAAGAAACAAAAAGCACGUUCGUACAAUCCCAAAAUGGGGUGGAAUAUGUACGAAAGAUGGGAAAUUUGGUUUAUACGCCCCUCAAAGGGGUGGAUUAGAAUUAAUCGAACUUAAAAAAGGACAAACUGUAAAAACGUACAUCCCAAAAGUAGCGGAAGGUGUUUUUACAAUAAUCUGCAUGUUCAAUUCGACCGAUGAAUAUGUUUUGUAUUACCAUAGUGGGAAAAAAACUCUACGCGUUUUUAGAACAUCCGAUGCUGAAAUGAUUGCAAAUUUCCGCUGUCAAGCUGAAUUAUCAGCUGUGGAGAGCACCCUUGAUGGUCGUGCUUUAGUUUUAGGUACUGUAGAUGGUUGUGUUUCUGUUCUAGCAAUCUUAGACCCCGAGAAAAAAGAUAUGAUUCAAUACUUGGCAAAUAUGCCAUCACGAGAUGAAGAAUGGGCGAAAAAGAUUGAGAAGCUCCGCGCUGUUAAACGAUUCAAAGCAGUGGGGGCUUUAGCCAAGUUAUCGACGAAAUUUGGAGCGAAUGAAGAUAUCGGAGAAAUUGAAGGAAAUGAUGAAGUUAAUGAGGAUUGAAGAUAUUUAAUUUAAUUAAUAUUGUUGUUAUUAAUUAAAAUUUAAAUUGUAUGUAUAGAUUCCUGUAAUUUGUUAAUUAAAAAAUAACCCCAUAGAUGUCAAAGA